AAAAAAAAACCUGUCACCGCACAUGCGCAGAGAGACUGGAGGUGGGGGAGGCAACGGCGACUGACAAAAACAACAAGAAGAACCGUUGGAACCAAGAGGAAGAGCGAGAUGUCUCCAUGAAUACAGGCUAACUUUAUUCUUACCCAGUUAUUAUUAUUAUUAUUAUCAUCCACAACCUACCCGACUGCUGCUUUCUCACAAGGCUUGAUUAGAUGGUGCCGGGCCCAUGAACUUGGCUAGUCAGAGCGGGGAGACCGGCUGUAGCCAGCUCCUCUUCGCCAAUUUUAACCAGGACAACACGUCUUUAGCUGUUGGAACCAAAUCAGGCUAUAAGUUCUUCUCCCUGUCGUCUGUGGACAAAUUGGAGCAGAUUUAUGAAUGUACGGACACAGAGGAUGUGUGUAUCGUAGAGCGUCUGUUCAGCAGCAGUCUGGUGGCGAUCGUCAGUCUAAAGGCUCCUCGGAAGCUGAAGGUCUGUCACUUCAAGAAGGGGACGGAGAUCUGCAACUACAGUUACAGCAACACUAUCCUGGCUGUGAAGCUCAACAGACAGGUAGGAACUCACCUUUCGGUGUGUGUGUGUUGUGUAACGGAGAUCUGCAACUACAGUUACAGCAACACUAUCCUGGCUGUGAAGCUCAACAGACAGGUAGGAACUCACCUUUCGGUGUGUGUGUGUUGUGCAACGGAGAUCUGUAACUAUAGUUACAGCAACACUAUCCUGGCUGUGAAGCUCAACAGACAGAGGCUGAUAGUAUGUCUGGAAGAGUCUCUGUACGUCCACAACAUCAGAGACAUGAAGGUCCUACACACCAUCAGAGAGACUCCACCCAACCCCUCAGGGCUGUGCGCUCUGUCCAUCAGUAGCGAUAACUGCUACUUGGCUUAUCCCGGCAGCGCUACGAUCGGAGAGGUCCAGGUGUUCGACACGGUCAAUCUGAGAGCAGCCAACAUGAUCCCAGCCCAUGACAGCCCAUUAGCAGCCGUUGUGUUCGACGCCAGCGGAUCCAAACUGGCCACAGCCUCGGAGAAGGGGACGGUAAUCCGUGUUUUCUCCAUCCCUGAGGGACAGAAACUGUUUGAGUUCCGUCGAGGAGUCAAAAGGUAGGACUCCUCCUCCUUCUCCUCCUCC